AUGACGUUUGGUCGAAGCUCCUCAUAUAUUUACAGCCUGGGCAUGAAGAAAGCUCCCACAGAAGAUCCUCAGUCCUGUUUCUCAUUGUCCACGUCUCCUGCUGAAGGUUCACAUUCACUGUCUCAUUUUCACCUCGACGAUGACAAACAUGAGACAGGAAGAAUGAAAGAAACUAAAAACAGUAAAUUCUCCGUGUGUCUCCUUUCUUUUGUGAGGUUUAGUUUCCUUUACGUCUCAGCUGGUGAAGUUAAAACGACACAGGAUGAAAAUGUUCUCACUGUCCGGGCUCCUGUGAGAUUACAGCAUGGUCAUAAACACGGGUGCAGCUGGGCUGGUGUCCACUGA